GAGGCCUGUUAGUUCAGUGGUAGAAUUCUUGCUUUGGGUAAACCAUCAUCACUUGAUGAUGGUCCAAAUUGUAAGAGGUCUCCGGUUCGAUCCGUAAGUUCACAUCGCGUCGCUCCACAGCCUCCAACGUUAACUAACGCUUCACAGCGGAAUAGGCCCCACGUGAUACAACUAUUUUUUUGGCCCUCUUUGGGGGAAAGACCCAAAUCCUAUCUAUCUACUGCGUCUCACUCAGUAUUUAUAUACCAGUGCAAAAAAUCUACCUCAUCAUUUUCGGCUACAUUCUUUCUUUUCUGCUUGACAUUUUUUUUUUUUCUUUUUCGGAAAUCAUAGCACUGUCCGGAGCUGAAGGUGUGUCUUGUAGCAUUCCCUUACGCAAAUUUACGCAUUUCUCUUCCUCCAUCCACUCCGUUGCCGAUAUUAGACUCGUCCUGUCUCUCCUCUUCUCUCUGUCUGUUACAAAAAAGUCAAUGCAUACUUGUUGACAUUUCUGCUCUGGCCUAGGCACACGACGAUCCAACUAACCACAUAAUUUCACGACAAAGUACUUAAAUCAAGGAGCCUCGUCAGAUUGUUUCAUUUCCACUUCACCAUGAGAUCCUUCUUUGGCGACCAUUUCCUCUGAGUUCCCCAAAGCUACAGAAGUUGUUACGAAAGCUGAGGACGAGGUCGCACAUGCAUUUGUUCAAGGCGUCAGAGCUUUCAUCUUCUGGGCCCUUUUCAUCAUCAAAGUUCUUCCAUUGCAACUGUCGAUGGAAUGGGAGUCAGGCACUGGGAUUUGAAAGCGAAAGCACAAAGGGUACGAUAGCAUAGUAUACAAUUUAUGCUCAAGGCUCGCAAACUCCUGAAUGCUCUGGCCGCUCCACUCCGUCCACCCUGAGCCUAGUUCCAUUGUUCUGAACAUGCAGAGCAAACGCCCAGAAAUUUCAACCCUCCACUUUCGGUAGCAUCAUCCUCAAGAAAGUGCCAGCAGCGUUUCUUUUUCCCUAAAGCGACGGCAUUCAGAAUGAUAUAUCUCCGCGAAAAAGAAAAAGAAUGAAGCUAGAGUUCUGGGAAUACUGUAGGAAGCAAAACACUCGUAAGCACAGUCCCGGUUCUCAGAGACCAAGGUCCGUGUGCCAAGAUCCCCCCGCCUCUUGUCCCUCAUUCCAAUUGAUACUCCUUCACUGUAGACCCCCUUCUGCCGAACUACAGUCUCCAAACAUACUUUGCAGGUGCCCUUCACAUCGAGCAUAGCUUGCAUAGAUGUUGGCGACAUCGAGAUUGUCCCGGGGCGAACGUUCCAAGAAUUGAAAAAUGCAGCAACCAUGCUACCAUGCACGAAUAGUACGAACUCUGCGAAGACUUCCCCCAGGCCAACCAUAUACUCUGAAGGGUCGCGAUUGUUGUCCGAGACAUGGAAUUGUGUCAACCCAGGAUCGAGCCUUUUCUUCUCGAUGUGCGGUGUGUCGAUAUCUUGAAAACCUAGGUCGAGUCAGCAUCUCCACACGACUCUCGGAACGAAUCAAGAAAGCUCACCGAAGCCUGCCUUUAGCAAAGAUACAAGAAAUUCCAUGGUAGAUAAGAAGAACGCCGGUUCAGCCACAGAACCAUUGGCAAUAGCUAUGAUGGCAAGCAGCUGAUUCCAUACUUGGUCAAGCUCAACUUGAGGAUGUUUUGCUCUGGUAGAUGUUCUCUCUUUCAGUAUUUGCAGCAAUGCAGAGGCAUGGAAGAGGUUAUCGUGGAGAAGCACUCUUGUAGGUAAGAAGAGAGUCCGAAGGCGGGUCGCCUGGUUUCGAGACUGGCGGACACGAAUUCGAGCUUGGCCUGCGUUUGCACUCUUGAGGUCAUUGUUCGUCCUCUCGAACAUGAAUGUUUGAUACAUAGAAGUGUGGACAACAUGUGGGUGUCUUGAUUUGAUGUUUUUGAACUCCUGGAAUGUCUUUUGGAACUCUUCUUGGUUGAUACUGGCGAAUAUUCGAUCCAUGUGUGAGCAAAGUGCUUUCUCACGUUCGACCAGGAAUGCGUUCUUGGGUAAUUCCUCUUGCCCCAAGCUGGUCGUGAGUUGCGUCUGCAACUGAUUUGCACAGGCAGUUCCGUUCCAUACCUUGCUAAGUUGCAUAAAGCUUUGCAACCGCAGGGUGGUAUCAGUCUCCAAAGGCGUGGUUGCCAGCAUUAUCCUACACUCAAGCUCUGCUUCCUGGAGAAGAUACAGUUUCUUUAGCACAUUCUGAUCCGCAGCUUGCAGUCCUGAAUGGUACGACCUUGCUAUCUCACGACGGGACUGACGGCAUCUUAGUUCGACAUCUUGGAGUAGUCGCCGAAGCUCGUGGUAGGCAAAGCAGUCAGACCGGGCGGCAAUCCACUCCGACGUAUCAGGCAAGUGGUGUGCCGCAUUAUCGAUUGACCACCAUUCCGAGAUAUCCUCUCCGGCUGGUUUUGACGUGGACCUUCUUCUCUUUCGUCUUCUUAGCGUUGGUGGGCUUGAGUCGGAGUCAUCGGUGAUGCUACGUCUUGACAUGCUUGGAUUUCGAGAAGUGAAGAAAGAGUUUGGAGCAACUUUUUGGAAGAAAAUCUGGAGUUACGAUUGGAGUUAUGCUACGAGUGCGAUCGUUCGAUCAAAGAUAGAAGGUUCUAUCUCAUGCCUGUUCAGUGUUAGCGUCAAAUCGGUUCGUAGCAGUUAACAAACACAGCCAUCAAUUCGCGUUUCAAAGGGGUUAGCCUUAGUUCAAGAGAAAACGAUCAUUGAUACGUAUACCGAUAACGCCUUAUGGAACACUCUCGAUUUCUCUCUUGACGCUUCUCCAACACUCACAGCAGUCUGGUAGCUCUUUGUCUUUCGUUCAGACCAGAUUUUUUGAAGUGGCUAUAGAAGCAGGACGUUUCCACAGUUUUUCACUCCAAGACACAGGUUGCGCGAACCAGCUGCGAUUUGAUCACCGAAAAAAUCCCCCACUCAGCGACGAUGUCGACACCCGACGAAGGAAAAGUUCGGACUAAAGGGAGUCCUCUAAGCUUCGUUCCUCGAAAUAUCGAACCAUUCAAGGAGGAGAUCCUCGAGCUUGCGCAAAAGGCAAAAACUGGCUACUUCAUCGCGAAACAUUUGAAAGAGAAGUAUGACUUCACAGUAUCGCCCCAGACGAUAGGCCGCCGACUGGAGAAUUGGGGUCACGUCGAGGCGAAGAAGGAGAAUGGCCUCACGGGUUUUAAAAAAGACCUGGAUCCCUGGAAGAAAGAAAUAUGCGCAUGGGUGGACAUUGGACUCUCAACGAAGGACAUACUGAGCAAGUUAGUGUUGGAGUGUAACAUUCGUACGAAAAAAGUCACGAUCGAAAAGGCAAUUUCUCGUUGGAACGAGGAAUCCGAAUCUCGAAUCACCAGCUGGCGGACAAUGCGGAGCGUCCGGUCAACAAGGAUACUUGAGCAGCCUUCUGCUGCUGUGAACUUGCUUCUCCCAGCUGAGCUUGCUGCAUUGAAAGAAGCCAUCGUUGGGGAGUAUGCUUCGGUCCCUCUCCACCUUCCUGAUCCAACCUUCGACUGGAUAGACCGCUUGACAGAUGCAGCUUGCUAUGACGAAACAAUCCAAGUGAUCUGUAUCAAGGAAUGGAAACAGCCUGGUCACCACUGGUCCAACGAGCGAGAAUUCGAUCCAACAUGGGUCCUUGGGAUCCAUCUGCCAGGUAGUUAUCAAUUCUCCAAAGUCAACACAGAAGCGAAAAUCCUCAACUUCGUGACAGCGCAAACUCCGAAAAUCCUGACAAGAGUGAAAGACAAGUUGAUGGGGUACUUGAAAGUGGCAAUCGCUGGAACAACAACAGAGUAUGGAGAAGAAUAUGUGCGCGAGGCAGGCGAGAAAUGGCCGACAACAACACCCCCGCUUUGCCUCACUAAGACAGUACAGGCAGUGCGUCAGGAAGUCUUCGAGCUCCAGAGAGACAUGGGCUUAUCAAAAUCUCUCGAUCGCCUCCUCGCACAACUCCCAGCAAGCCUUAGAUGCCGUAAUCUUCAUUCACAUUACUCGGAGCCGCAACCAUCGUUACUACUUCAUCGUUUCAGCAACGAAGCGACCCAAUCAUUGAAAAAGUGGCAGAAGACUUGGAUGGUCAUGGACCCAUUGGCUCCACUGACUCAGGAGGACUUCCGUCUGGUUGAGCAAGGUCCCGCGGCUUCAAAUGUCGCAGAGAAACCGGGACCAGCGGAAGAUGCUGAAGAACAUGAAGAGGCUGUUCCAUCCAGCGAGACGGAUGAGUUCGGGGGCGGAAUCGAUGUGGAUGAAAUAAUUGGAGAUGGCGGACAUGGAUGGGAUGAGGACGGGCAAGAUGAGAAAGGAGAGGAAGAGGAUGAGAUUGGGCGAGAUGGAGCUUGGAAACGGGCUCGUUAUCGAGUGCUUCUCCUGGAUCGGGUUCUGAAAUACGUUCCACAACCCAUGAUCUUUACUGACUGGCGCCCACCCACUACCGGCGCCCUUCUCGGUUCCUCUCCUUCCAGAUUCGGAUUUGAGCCAUGGACCCCGAACCCAGAGAAAGCAACUGGAGCUCAACUAGACCAAUAUAUGGACACCACAUGUGCAUACUUGAAUAAGAUCACAACACUGAGAACGCCAGAGGAGGAGGAGCAUUACGAUUCGAUCUGUCGAACCAUGAUGGCAUGUACAAGUCGUCCACUCAACAUUUCAAAAAGGGUGACAGUCACAACGGCUCCGAUUGGUUGGUCACGAGAGACGGGACACGAUAGUUGGUUCCACUGCCGACGGCUCCUACAGAUGUUAGCUCAAAAGUCCAAACUUUUGGCUGAAGAUCACCAGAGCUUCGAGAUUCGGUUGAUGCUUCUUUUAGCUGCUAUUGAAGGUGGUUCCACUGAAGCACUUCUUUGGUUGGUACCCUUAGAAGGCCUGUUGCAGGAAAUUUCGAUUCACAUCAUUCAACUCGGUCCCUUAUCUUCAGCCGAAGAGACUUGUCGACGAGACUUGUGUCGAGAGCUCAUGACAUUUGUUCAUGCAGUAACGCUGAACAGCCUCUCCUUACGAUGUUACUUCGGCCAAGACAGGGAUAACACAAACAUCCAAGCCUGGUAUGACACUGUCACUAAGUGUGAGCCUCGUUGCUUUACGCGAUGGUGUCAACAACCGCCACCAGCACCUCGCCUGAUCACGAACUCGAGAAUCAGUAGAGACGUCUUUGCAGUCGGAUGUAACGAUACCAGACUCGGAGAUUCCAAAGUCAGUCUUUUCAUUUCCAGCAAUCGGAGACCUAUCCAUCCAUGUCUGAUCUGUUGGUUCCGAAUGUACAUUCCAGACCCGACGCUGAUUUGCGCGUUCAUGUGGUUUGGUGGAAUUCACCAUGUUUAUUCUGCAUGUACGAGUGGGAGUGGACGGCACAAGGAGCGAGAUAACUAAUAGGAGAAAGGUUUCAAGGUUGGAGGGUUGGGGCAUUGGAGCGUUGAUGAGUUGCUACGGACUCGAAUGUAAAUAUAGUAGUGUGUUGUUCAUGCCUCUAGCGCUGAGUCUUCUUCUCUAAUUAUUACUUCCCCUCCUCUUUAUGCCUAUUUUCCCUGCAGCUAAACGGUCUUCCCCCACUUGCUGAACUUUGAUUUUUUGUCUUUCUUUUAUAUUUCCACUUUUUCUUUUAUUUCUUUCUUCCUCCUCUCUUUGUCCUGUCUUUCUUUCUUCUUUUUCUUUGUGUUCAUCGCUCCUAUCACGUCUCAUUGACUAAGAGCAAAUGACUUAUCCUAAGGUAGUAUUGCAAAGUCUUUCUCAUCGC